AUGGCUGGACCUAUCGUCGAACUGGGUGGCAAGUACAGGCAGGAGUUGGAGGAAUCCUUCAACGGGUUGCGGCAAAGAGUCAACGUCGCCGAAGUUCAGCAACGUCUUCAACAGCAAGCCGCUGAACUGCAGCCGACUCUGAAUGCCAAGAAAGAUGAAACCGUGGCGGCGCUGAGUGAGAUGGUAAGCGGGUUACGGUAGUUGGAAUGGUUUUGUGGGUUUUGUGUAACGGUAGUCGGAAUCAUCUCUUUGGAUUUGUUGAAUGGGGUGGUUGAAUGUUUUUUACGGUGCCUUUUCUUUCUGAUCGAUUGUUUUGUAGGGGCCUGUUUCCACUCCUGGAUCCAAAGUUCUGGAGGUGUUUGCGUGGUCGACCGUGCUCCAAUUUGUCUUCGGCCUCACAUCAAUCAUUUCGACCAUUGUUCUCUCGCCCAUCCUUGGCCUGUUCCUUGAGUCUGGAUCGGCUCUCCUCAUCUCCUUAGUGCUCCUCCCCGUCCUCAUCUAUCAACAUGUCUCAGCGUCUAGCUCUGAAGCCUCCAACCGUGCCAAACUUCUCGCCUUUUCCGCCGUUGAAGGUCUUCUGGUGGGCUUCCUCCUGUCCCAGAAGUAUCUUCCCACUGCUGGCCCAGUUAUGUUCCUGACCCCGCUGACCAUCGCUCUGGUUGCUCAAUUCGGUGAAGGUUCCCUGGGAACCCGUCAAGUCUACUUGGGAGCCACUCUUGGCGCUGGAUUGGGUCUCCAUCUCGUUCUUGGUCUGAUCACCGGCUUAAGCUUCGGAUACCUGCUUCUGUCCAUUUUGUACAGUGCAGCUGGUUUCGUCGCUCUCCAGUUCGCGUUGAAAGAUGUGAGUUAGAUGAGCAUGUCGAUGUCGCCAUCCAUUUUUCCGAUUAUAAUGUUUUAUUUCAGGUGUCGGCCUCCAACGUUCAACUCAUCUUGUUCAUGGGAAUCUUGGUCUCUCACAUCCUCAUCUUUGGCCUGUUCGGUGGAGAAAAGGGGGAUGUUCAGCAGAAUUGA